GAAUAUCAAGCAUCGCACUCAAAACUUCAACAUUAAUUAUCGUCAAAGUUGGCUCACCCAUAUCUUUCCAAAAGUCCUAUGAAAGAAAAUCGACAACUCUGACUCCCCGGAUUCUUUCCAACAAAAUCUCCCAGAAGCUCUCUCGUAUAUCCUCCAAAAUGGGCUGCGCACCAUCCAAACCAGCGGUCCCUCCAAACGAAAAACAUCAACGCCGAACUACCAGAGGCGCAUACGCACCUCGCACAAGCGAUGAAAGCAGUCUCAACGCACCCCGACCCGUUGCCAUCUCAUCUUCUCACCGCGCAGUAUCAGCCCGCGUUAUGAAUGGAUAUGCGAGCUACCUCCAAGCACAAAAAAAGACUCAAAACCCCCUCGACAAAGUGUCGACUGAACAGAACAUGCAAAAAGAAAAAGAUAGCGUGAAGGAAUCUAGAUUGAGCUGGACUAUUCCGGAAAGAGGAUCUUCGCUUGGAGUUGUUAUGGUUGGAGCACAAAGCAGUGGGGCCAACACACUUGAACCUGGCACGCUUGGUGCUCAUACGGGAAGACGUCGAAUUGGUCAAUCGAUCAGUAAUCCGAAUCCGAGUUCUGUGCCACCACCGACGCAGAGGCAAUAUGAAGAAGAUUAUGGUUCUCGCCCUGUUUCUCCUGUUAGUUCGGUCGGUACGACGAAGUGGGAUCGUCCUGGAUUCGUUCUCAGGGGCUGAGCUUGGCCUGAUGAUGGAAAUGGGGUUCUGUUUGGAAGGAUAAAGUGAUGAAUAUUGGGGUUUUUAGGUAUGAUGAAAGCUUGAUGGAGUGGAUAUUUGGUUCUAGUAAAGGUUCAGUUGGGUUAGAAUUGGGUUAGAAGAUCGCGCA